GGGAAGGAGUGAGUGAAAAGAAAGGAAAAAGGGAGGGACUGAGUGAAAAGAAUAGAGGGAGAAGAGUUCUCUUUUUCACCGUGUCAGUUAAUGCACCGGGAGAGACUCAGAACUUGUUCUUCCACUAAAAGACCGCAGAUCAGCUGUUUACAUCUGUUGUGCUUUCUGAGGAAGAUACAGUGGUGUCAUCAAUUUUACAUUCACAGAUGGCUGCACUGCGCAAAGAUGGGAGCAGACGUGACAAUGGAUUUGUAUUGAUAGCUCCUGAUCAAUAAGGACAAAAUCAGAGGGGUGACAUUUUAAGGGACUUAAGACCAGGCCUGUGAGAGUGUAGACAUGACUAGAAAUUAACUUCAUGGCAUCUCCACAGUCUCUUACCCCUCCUGAUAAAGAGUCCAUGGUCACUGGUGUGACUCAGAAGCCCCAGGAGGAGGAAGAGGAGGAUGAGGAUGAUGAGGAAACUGGUGAGAAGUUUGAGUUUGACGACAGUGAAGACGAGAAGAAUGCAGUGGAGGAUAAAGAGUCAGGAACUCCUCAUGUGGAAGCUGAGCUUUCAGGCAGCUCUGAUGUAAAUGCACUUUAUUGUCAAUCUAUGAAGCAUGUCAUGCACAGUAAUCAGCCAGCAGUCAACGGAGGAACCCCUGCUGGUGUGGAGGAGCAGAAUAUGCCCACACAUCCUCACACACACCCAGACAUGGUAGCCAGACAGUCUCCUGAUGGGAGUUCUGUUUCGAUUGAGCCUCGAGCAGCCGAAGAACAAACCCCCAUUUUGAAAAGAAAUAUAAUUUAUGAAGCCCCGGUUCACUCUCGGGAAUGGUUCAGUGUGGUUUCAGAGCUCACACUGCGACUGCAUAAAGGAAAAGCCGUUCCUGAAUCAAACGGAGAUUCACCCCCUGAACAAGAGAAGGUGAACUCAACUGCUCCUGUUCGCUCAGAGGUUGUAUAUGAUGAUGUGCCCUGUGAAAACAUCACACCUCCGGAUGUAGUGGAUGACGUGAUCUAUGAGGAGGUGCAGAGAUCUGGUGAAUCUGGAUUGAUAGACAAUGGCUGGGGCUCCAGUGAGUUUGAGAGUUAUGAUGAGCAGUCAGAUAAUGAGACCAAGCAGCCCACCCGUAAUAAGAUUUCCCCAGAUGUACGACGUCUGAAGCAACGCUGUGUCCAGACCAGGCGUGAGCUAGCCAUGCGGUUAGGGGCAAGGGAUGUCGGCCAGCUCAAACAAAACUAUGACAUUAAGGUUCAGCAGCUCAUGAAAGCAGCGAGGAAUGGCACUAAAGAUGGACUGGAAAAGACCAAAAUAGCCAUGAUGCGAAAAGUGUCCUUCCUGAGUAAAAAAGAGUGCACAGAUGAUACAGAGGAUGAUACUGGAUAUCUGGACGUGACUGUAUCUGAACUCAAACAUCCACCACCUCAGCUUUCUCCAAUGCCAGAAGGGCUCAGUAGCCAACAGGUUGUCAGGCGUCAUAUUCUUGGCUCAAUCAUCCAGAGUGAAAGAAGCUACUUAGACUCUCUCAAGAGGAUCCUGCUGGAGUAUAAGAAGCCUUUGAUGGAGGCCGAGCCCCGGAUCCUGAGCCUGAAAAAGAUCCAGCCUAUUUUUUACAGGCUGAAGGAGAUCCUGCAGUGUCACUCCAUGUUUCAGAUUGCUCUGGCGUCCCGUGUAGCAGAAUGGGAUAACACUGAGAAGAUUGGAGACCUUUUUGUCGCUUCAUUUUCCAAGUCAAUGGUGCUAGACGUCUACAGCGACUAUGUCAACAACUUCACCAAUGCUAUGGCCCUUAUCAAGAAAGCCUGUAUGUCCAAGCCAGCGUUCCUGGAGUUUCUCAAGAAGAAACAGGCCACCAGUAUAGACAGAAUUACUCUUUAUGGCUUGAUGGUCAAACCAAUCCAGCGCUUUCCUCAGUUUAUCCUCCUCCUGCAGGACAUGUUGAAAAACACCUCUGUGGGGCAUCAGGACCGGCUGCCGCUGCAGCUGGCGCUCACUGAGCUGGAGACUCUGGCAGAGAAGCUGAAUGAGCAGAAACGUCUGGCCGAGCAGCUAGCUGAGAUCCAACAGCUCGCUCGCAGCAUCAGCGACCGCAGCCUCAGUAAGCAACUAAAUUCAGAUCAGAAGCAGUUAAUUCUUUCUGAGACGUUGAUUGAGACUGUCUAUGGCGAGAAGGGUCAAGUCCUCAAGUCUAAGGAGCGCAAAGUCUUUCUUCUGAAUGACAUGCUCAUCUGUGCAAACAUUAAUGUGAAGGGGCCUCCGGAUAUCAGCAGCCUCGUCCCCAUUGGCCCCAAGUAUGCGGUAAAGUGGACUGCCCCCCUGCCGCAGGUGCAGGUGGUGGAGGUGGGCCAGGAGACACCACAGCGCAAAGAAAGCAUCCUCCAGCAGAGCAGCAACAGGCGUCUGAGCUCCAGCAACCCCCAAGGAAAGCUGUUCCUGGGACCACCGCGGCUGUACCAGGAACUGCAGGAGUUACAGCAUGAUCUCACUGUGGUGGAGGAAGUCACGUUGUUAGUUGGCACCCUGCAGGGAUCAUACCAGAAUCUCAACACGACGGUGGGACAGGACUGGUGCAUGGCUCUUCAGAGGCUCAUCCGCAUCAAAGAGGACGAGAUCCAGUGUGCCAACAAGUGCCGUCUGCGGCUGAUGGUUCCUGGCAAGCCUGACAAGUCUGGCCGUCCAGUCAGUUUCACAGUGGUCUUCAGUACGCCCAGUCCAAUUAGCAAAAUCUCCUGGGUUAAUCGUCUGCAUCUGGCCAAAAUCGCCCUGAGAGAGGAGAACUUGCCUGGCUGGGUGUGUGUAGAGGAUGAUGAAAAGACUAAGCCUCCAUUCUGGUGCCCGUUACUGGCCUGCCGGGUGCCUGUGUUUACCCCAAAAGUACAAGAUCUGAAGUUGCAGGCUGCCCUGUAUAACCCAGUCCACUGUGCUCUUCUUGGUUUUUCUGCUGCCAGCACAUCCCUGCCUCAAGGCUACCUCUGGGUGGCUAGUAGGGGUGAUGACUCUCAUGGGCAGGUGGAGAUUUUCUCCCUCAACAGACCCACUCCACGCUCCGUCAAGAGUUUCUCUCUCGGUUCCCAGGUGCUUUGUCUGGAGUAUAUCACAGAGCCCAGCACCGAGGAAGAACAAGAAACUCAGGCCUCUGAAGUUCCUUCCAAGAUCGGCAACACCAUCUGUGUAGGAUUAUUGGAUGGCAACAUCAUGGUUUAUGGGAGUGUGGACACCGCUGCUCAGUGUUUGCUAACAUUCUGUAACCCCGAGCGCUGCCACGUUCUGUGUCUGAAACACUUAGGCAACUUUCUCUUCGCUGGGCUGAGUAAUGGAAAAGUUGCAGUUUACAACAGAAAAAGUGGAGAAGGCCUGUGGGAUCCAGAUUCCUGCAGACAUGUGGUUAUUGGAUACGCGCCCAUCCUCAAGCUGCUCCGAAUCGACCAGUGUGUGUGGGCCAGCUGUGCCAACCAGGUGUCUGUGAUUGAGGGCUCCUCUCUCAGGACUCAGAGUUUUGAAGUUCAUCCAGACCCUAUGGUUAGUGUGACCCACAUGGUGCGUGCUGGAGGAGGGGUGUGGAUGGCAUUUUCAGAGGGAUCAUCCCUACGUCUGUUUCACACUGAAACACUGGAACACCUCCAGGAGAUCAACAUUUCAACACCCUCUGCAUAUUUCAGCUCUGCUCAAAAGCCCAACCUGUGUGUAAGCAGCCUCCUCAUCUGCCAGGGUCUGCUUUGGGUUGGCACAGCUCAGGGUAUUAUUGUCACCUUGCCAGUACCCAGACUGGAGGGCAUCCCAAAAAUAACAGGAAAAGGAAUGACCUCACUCAACGCUCACAAUGGCCCUGUCGAAUUCCUAUUGGCCACUUCCAGUGUUUUACCCCAAGAUUUCCUCAAGCGUGACUCUGCAACGGACAAUGUGGAUUCAAAUAGCGGAGGUGAUGAAAAGGAGGCGACAAAUUCCUCUGAGGAGUCGCUCCAGCAGGCGGACGCCACUUCUCAAGGAGAAGCCAAAAGCAAAGGCGUCCUUCUGCAAUACCACCUUCGCUCCACCUCCAGACUCCCAGGAAAAGUCCUGACGGCGCAGCCUGAAGAAACACCAGACUCAGCCCAGCACACUGUGGAGCACAGCCUGGAGGAUGGCUCCAUCUAUGAGCUAAGCGAUGAUCCUGAGGUUUGGGUCCGAGGGCCUGGGACAACAUCUAAGGAAGCGGGACGUCGGGAGAAGGUGACCUCUGCUGCGGUUAUAUCCGGUGGAAAAGGGUUCCGUCGCUUAGCUAAUUCCUCACACUCGGCAGAGUCCAGUGAAAAUACGCUGAUGGUCUGGCAGCUGCCCAUUACAGUUUGAGGCAGGAGUGUGUGGAGGAUUGCUGGAUCACUGAAGGACAAACACACACUCUAAGCCUGUAUUUGUGUGGCUUAUGUGGAUUAUUCAUUCCACGUUCUCCUCCAGAAGGUUUUGAAGGAAUAUUUCCCCGAAUCAGUGAACGUUAAGCUAUGGCUGUGGUAUAAUGUCGAUUUUCCACAAAAAUUCUAUUAUUUUAUUCUCAGAAAUAGUAGCUCUAGCGAGGCCUUUAUAAUGGAAGUGAAUGGAGCCAAUCUGGAAUCAGCACUCCUAAAGCUUGCACAGUCUACCUCUCUGAGGAACAUUUCAUUCGCUAAAUUUCACUUUUAAUUUCACUUUCAAAGAAAUUAAGCUAUUGAUAAUAUAAAUAUUAUUUUUGUCUAGUCAAGCAAAUAUUGACUGCGUUUAAAUAUUGCCCCAAAUUUGACAUUUUUAAAGUGCUGAUUUGACAUAAUAUAUCUUCUUAACUAAGCCCAAGCCACAAUAGUAGUCUAACUUAGAUAUUAUAUAUGCACUGUAGGGGAUAGUCAAUAACUUGCCAUGCAUUGAAGGAUUUUAAGUGCACAAUGUGGAGGCAAAGAACCUCCGUGAAGUGCAUUUCAAGAGUUCACACUUAGCUGAUGAUUGAUUAUAAAGCUCGUUUGGCAUGCUGUCCCGGGAGAGAGCCCUGAGCUCAUAAGAUCCUCGAGUCCGUGGCUCCC